AUGUUCCUGGGCCCUUCGGCCCUGAGGCUACAGAGGCCCUUUUAUAGCGCAGCAGCAGCAGCAGCAGCAGCAGCAGCAGGAUCAGCUGCAGCAGCAGCAGCAGCAGCAAGGUCAGCAGCAGCAGCUGCAGCAGCAGCAGGAAGCAGAAGCCCCGCCGCCCCAGAGAAGAAGAUGGAUUUCCCGCAGACGGUUUUCGUCCUCGGGGGCCCCGGCGCCGGCAAAGGCACUCAAUGCAGCUUAGUGUCUCGCGAGUUCUCUAUACCCCACAUAUCCGCAGGGGACUGUCUGCGUGAGGAGCAAUCAAACCCAAACAGUCCUUACAGCAAGCUGAUUGAUGACUGCAUCAGAGAAGGGCGCAUCGUGCCAGUGCGCAUCACCAUGACGCUGCUGCUGCGCAAAAUGCUGCUGGCGAAUUUUCGGGGUUUAUUUUUGAUUGAUGGAUUUCCGAGAAAUGUCGACAACUUGGCGGGCUGGCUCUCCAUGACGAGCGAGGAGAACUUGCCGCGGGAAAUCCUGCGGCUCUCGCGGGCCUAUUCUUCGGACUUGUCUUUUGUGGAGAAGUGCCAAGAGGCUUUAAGUCGGAUGGGUUACAAACCCUCAAAAGGGGAUUUAGACGAGGGUUUGGAAGCAGCAGCAGCAGCAGCAGCAGCAGCAGCAGCAGGAGCAGCAGCAGCAGGAGCAGCAGCAGCAGCGGCUGCUGCAGGAGCGCCUGCCGCUGCGGACCUCGAGGAGCUGACCUUGGAGCUGCGGCGGCGCUGCGGCAGCAGCAGCAGCAGCAGCAACGGCAGCAGCAGCAGCAGCAGCAGCAGCAGCAGCAGCAGCGGGAGCUGCGUGAAGCCGCUGCUGCUGCUGUUUUUCGAGUGUCCGGAAGCAGAGCUGCUGCGGCGGAUUCUGGAGAGGGGAAAGACAAGUGGAAGGGCCGAUGACAACGAGGUGUCUGUACAGAAAAGAUUAAAAACUUUCCAAAAAGACACUUUGCCAAUUGCUGCUGCUUUUCGUGCUGCUGGCUGCUGCCGGCUGCUGCAGGCGGGGCGGCCCAUAGCGGAGGCAGAACUGAGUUACGGGCAAGCUGCUGUGCUGCGGAGAGCUGUGGGGGCGCUGCGAAGCACCGGAGUGGAGCUGCGGGUUGCUGCCUUUGCUGCUGCGCUGCACUUGGAUGCAGCAAGUCAGUCGCAGACGGCGUGGCUGCACUUGGCCUUCUGCAGCAGCUUUUUCAGGGGGUUUUUGCUGCAGCAGCAGCAGCAGCAGCAGCAGCAGCAGCAGCAGCAGCAGCGGUGUGGGGGGGGGGAGCACGGGGAGGGCGCUGGGCCUGCGCUCUGCGUGACGCUGCCCAUUAAACACCUCUGGAAAGCGCUCACCAAGGGUUUAGGGCCUGUGGGGGGCUCGUCGCGGCUGCUGCGGCCCUCGCGGAUUUAUUUGCUGCUGACAGCAGCAACUUUAAAACUCGAUGUUGAAUUUGACCACUUUGGCCUCCAUUCUUCUGCUGCGCUUCCUGUUGCACCUCGAGGACUUUCUGCUGCCUUUCGAGGACCUCAAACUAAGCAGCAGCAGCAGCAGCAGCAGCAGCAGCAGCAGCAGCAGCAGCGGCAGCAGCAGCAGCAGCAGCAAGCAGGCACACGUGAUUGUGCGCCCGAGGACCCUAGGCUGCCAGCUUCGGGUGACUUGACUUUUGGAGGGCGAGAGCUGCGGGCAACAGCAGCGCUUUGUGACUUUCUGGGCUCGCCCAUAGGACUAUUUUAUAGGACGCCUGGAGUCCCUUUGGUGGCUUUGCUCGGUGCAGCAGCAGCAGCAGGAGCAGCAGGAGCUGGUUCUGCUGCUGCUGUUGCUGACCCUGCAGCAGCAGCAGCUGCUGCUGCUGCAGGCUGCCCGGAAGCCUUCCAGCCGCACCUGCUGCUGAUGCAUGCGCUGCUGCAGCAGCAGCGGCAACUGCAGCAGCAGCAGCAGCAGCAAGCAGCACCUGGCUGGGCGCAGCCAGACGAGACAGCGGCCUUCGGGCCAGGCCGAUCCAAAGGCAAGCGACUGGCGGGGAGGGCCUCUGCUGCUGGCACUGCAGCAGCAGAAGGUGAAGCAGCAGCAGCAGCAGCAGCAGCAACAGCUGAGGGUGAUGAUCCUGCUGCAGCAGCAGCAGCUGCUGCUGCUGCUGCAGAGGACACAGAUGAAGACGAAGAGUCCUUUGCUGCCUUCUCUAAAGCACUGCAGCUGCUGAGCAUGCAGCACCCUAAAGACGCUGCAGCAGCAGCAGCAGCAAUUGCAGCAAGAGCAGCAGCAACAGCAGCAACAGCAGCAACAGCAGCAACAGCAGCAACAGCAGCAGCAGAAGCAUCAGCAGCAGGGGAAUUUGACAGUGGAGACUGGGACAUGACAGGACAUGCAGACUCAGCUGCUGCAGAGACCCAAGCCUACAGCCAAAGUGCUGCUACCGGCACCCCUACUGCUGCUGCUGCUGCUGCUGCUGCUGCUGCUGCUGCUGCUGCUGCUGCUUUUACACCUGCGGCGUCGAUGCCUGCAUGGGCCCCGCCAUCUGAGCCAACUCAGCAGCCAGCAGCAACACCAGCAGCAGCAGCAGCUGCUGCUGCUUGUUCAGUUGAGGAGCUGCGGCAGCAACAACAGCAACUGCAGCAGCAGCAAGAGCAACAGAAGCAACAGCAGCAGCAGCAGCAAGAGCCUUCUCCGCUGCUGGUGACACUCUCUCGCCUGUUUACUCGGGACAGCAGCAGCAGCAGCAGGAGCGACGGACGCUGCCGCAAGAGGCAGCAGCAAGCGGUCCUGCAGCGGCAGCAGCAACGGCAGCAGCAGCAGCAGCAGCAGCAGCAGCAGCAGCUUGUCUUCAGUAUCUCCGUCAGAUGUGGACGCCCCCAUGUGGCUGCGAAGGAGCAAAAGAAGCAAAACGAACAGCGCGCACUCGCAGCUGGCGGUGGCAGCAGCAGCACCAUGCUGCUGCUGUUGCUGCUGCUGCUGCUGUUGCUGGUACUGCUGCUGCUGCCGCUGCUGCUACUGAGGCACUCUCGGUGUACAGAGGCAGCAGCAACCGCCUAUAUAGACUGGCAGCGCAUCUGCAAGCCGCUAUGUAGAGCCAGCAGCAGCCAGCAGCAGCAGCAGCAGCAGCAGCAACAGCAGCAGCAGCAACAGCAGCAGCAACAGCAGCAGCAGCACGUUCAGUCACUGAUGGCUGCUUCUUUGGGGGUGGCCACAGAGCUCUGA